AUGGCUCGAACCGCCGUCCUGCUAGCCACGGUUACGACAUGCAUUGCACUGUCACUCACGGCUGAAGAUCGCCAAGCCCGCUCCGGGGACCUGGACCGAGGACCCCCUCAGGAAGCCGCCAUGGACGCUGCAGGGCUGGAAACGGUGGUUUUCGGAGAUAGGACUAGUGACGAUAGUGGUAUAAUUAGUGUAGUAGGUAAUUUAAAUUCCACCGUCGCUUUGGAGAGGCGAUUGGAGAUGAGCACGGAAUUCUUCCUGGUGCCAACUAGUUCAACCCCCAGUACGGUCGCGAGUCACAUCACGAAGACGGCGUGCGCGGGGUGCCCUUUGGAGACUGAGAAACUAGCAGGAGUGUUUCGGAACGAGGUCUGGGUGAUACCGGUGCUCGCGCUAUCGGCUAUCACCAUGCUUCUGAUAGCGUGUUUCGAAGUGUUCGUACUGUGCAAGGCCUGGAGGACCACCCCUAGCCGUCGCCAUUUAUUUCUAGGACAGAUGCUGCUCCUGGGGUUGUUCUCCUGCGCGGGGUUGGCCGCCGUCCUGGCAGCGUCGCCGACGCAACUCACCUGUGCCGUCGUACGUUUCGGCACGGGGGUAGCUUAUGCGAUAGUUUUCGCUUCCCUGUUAGUGAAGUGCGUAUUUUUAAUUAGUUUAAAUGGGGGCGUGUAUCUGCCCGCGCCCUACCAAGGACUCUUGCUACUAUUCGCUAUUUUAAUUCAAGUAGCCAUAGGGGUGCAGUGGUUGCUCACCAGCCCGCCCGCGGUGGACAACAUCACCAUUGAGAACGCCGUUACUCAGAACAAACACAAACUUCUCGUUACCGCCGAGGACAUAGCCAGCCCCACCGUCGUAGCCCUGUGCCGCACCCCUUACAUCGACAUCCUCCUGUCCCUGAUCUACGUGAUAUUCCUGAUCCUGUUUGUGACGGUGCUGGCCGUAAAGUCUCGCGGAAUUCGGGAUAAUUACCGAGAGGCCACUUACAUCGGACUUUCGGUGGGAUGCAGCAUUCCCACGUGGUUGGUCUGGACCACGAGCGGUCUGAUCAUAAACGAAAGGCACAGAGACGCCUGCAUCGCCUUCGGGCUGGUCAUUUCUUCGGUUAUGGUGUUUUUAAUCAUGUUCAUGCCCAAAGGGAGACAAUUGGCCGCGAUGGGAAAGGAAGGAGUCUAUGUGGAGGAUCGUGAGGAGCGUUUUAGUUCGCUGAGUAGGGCAGCAUCAGGGUACUCGCCGUCGUUUUUCCAUUUCAAGCCAAUAAAGUAUGCCAUGAAUCACGGGACGUCGCACAAGCACCAGCACACAGUUACGACCUUAGGCGGAGAGUCGCAGAGUAUUGACUUUGAUAGACACAAUUACAUUCUGCCCUAUACCUCGAGCCCAUUGAAAAGAAAGUUGCCUCGGAUUCAGUCCAAUCAGCCAAAACUGAAGAAACCGGGUGGUGUCUUUCUCCGGCCAGAAGACGGAAAUGUCUACACGACUUUGGAGCCUACGCUAAGCAGCAAUCCCAACGUAUACUUCCAAAGAGGAAAUGGAGUGCAUCCGGGAAUGAUGUACUGAAUAAGAAUGAGAGGUGCAAAACGCAUAAUACAACGCUCGAGACUAAUAAUUUAUUAUGUAGAUAUGACAGAUUUUUAAUUUAGCAGCAUACGAUCGCAGGUUUCAUUAGAAACUGCGUUUGCAGCGGAAGAUUUGUGCAUAUGAGGCCUACCCUAGAUGCGUAUGAGGAAAUAUGCAGAUUGUUAUAAUGUCGUUACAAUAUAUCUCAAUGAUUUAUAAACAAUAGAGACAGUUACAAGUGAAAAAUAAGAAAAUACGUACAAUACGACACCCGAGCUCGUAUGGUCCUUUCAUUUAUUUAUACUUCAAAAAACUGCAUGCUUUACUUAAACUAUUGCUUUCAUACGUUACAGCUUUGCAUGAUUGGAUGUGUUAAAUUAGGAGUUGUGCACUUAGUUCGUUUAUUCAUACGCUAUACCUAUUUAAAAUUGUUGUAAUUCUUUGUUUUAUACAUCCUUUCAUUGUAUUUUUUUGGAAAAAACGUGAUGAACUUAAUAACACACGCUGAUGUAUUUUACUUGCCUACAUUCAAAAAUGAAGGAAAUAAUAAGGACAAAAGACUUUUUUAAAUUUAAACUAUCAUUGGUAUUAAAAAGAUGAGAGAAAACGAGUUGAACAUCAUUUUGUGUUCUGUCCUUUUAGUUAUCCUUGUAAAUAUUUAGCACGACAAAAUAGCGGAGACUUUUUUCUUAAAAAUUUGAAUGAUUUAUAUCAGUUGUUCUAAAAAUAGUGUUUGUAAGCCCAAAAAACCGACAGACAGACAAUUUUCACAACUAUAGCAAUUCUUAUAGGAAAGUCUAUUUCUUACUUUCACAGAUUAUUUAGCAGGAGCAGAUUUUCCAGUUUACCUUUGUUAGUAAAAAAAUACGUUUUCGUCCAAGUCAAUUGUAGAAGAAAAUUAUAUGUAUAGAGAAUAUCUAUAUCUUUUCAAAUACAAAUUAGGUGUCAAUCUAAAUCCGAAGAUCUGCAAGCAAAAACGUAUUUUACCAAUAAAUAGAAUUACAAUUUCAAUCUCAUUGCUAGACUGUAAUAUUCUAUUUAUACCAGUUAGUUUAGUGUAAUGUGAAGCCAUAUAAAAUAGAUAUUUAUAAAACAUUCUUUUUAAGUAGGUACGUUGUCUUAUGUAUGUCUUAUAGUUAAAGUAGUUAUAGGUGUCUAUAAAGGACAUCCUUUAUUGACAGUUUUGACAUUAAAGCCGUAUAAAUAGCAAAAACAUAGUAUGUAUUUUUUAAUAUUUGUAACGGAUAUUAAAUCUAAAUAAAAAAAAUGCAUAUAUCACCGCGCCUUAUUUUUUACAGGUAUAUAUUAAAUGUAUUUUGUAUUGUUAAUUAUGAUUGAUUGGCCAUUUUUUGUAACAUGUCUACAACGAAUGACUGAAUAGAUUUUUUUACCAUAUUAUCAUAAUUAUAAACUUGUACAUAUUUUAUAACUUACUGUACU